UAAAUUAGACGAUGGGAAAUCACGUUCGCUAAUCGUCUGCUGCUCCUGCUGCUGCUGCUUCCUCCCGCAAGCUGUGAGGCAAAUGAAUACAUUACUCUCGGUUGCGUUUUCCCUUUCUUUGGUGUGUCGUAAAACUACUAGACGAGACAAACAGCGCAGAGCUCAGCAGCAUGCUACCAUUCAGGGCUUCCUUAUUUAGUUAAUGGGUAAAAGUUGAGUAAGAAAGAAAUCGGCCGAAAAUAAAAGGCUGGAAAAUAUGUGCAAGUCGACCACUAUAUAAUCAGCAUGUUUGCAGCUUUAUUCUUCAGUCAGAUUCAGUCUGCCGAGUAAACAACAACUUUGACUCCUCUCAUUCGCCAUGAAUCGCCUUCACAGAGGAAGCAUUGCGCUGUUGGCUUGUCUGCUUUUGCUGCAACUGUCUACCGGCUCCGCCGGCCCGGUCCGUUCCAACCGGAUGACUAGAGUAUUGCCUCGCAGCUUCGGUAACAUCCAGCGAGUCGCCCGCAACGACGCCAAUGUGGCAGAGAAAUACUUGCAGACUAGAAUUGCGGAUCCCGUAGCGACUACCCUGGAACCUUCAGCGCCAACCACCGAAGUCUUCUCACCUGUAUUCGAUCAGGAAACUUUGCAUUUGUCAACUAAAAUUCAAGAUGACAUUAGCCCAGCCGUUUUGCCGGAAUCCGACCUGAUCGAUGAGCCAGCAGUAUUGUUAUCAGAUGUCGUCGAGCCUGUUCCAGUAGUCGAAGAAGAAAUAGCGCCGGAAGUCGAAAAGCAUUCCGACGAUCAUUUGCCGAUCGAAGAAGUGCCAGCGAUUGCGCCGCAAGUGGAAGAUAGCCCUGUCGAUCUUAGAAUAGUAGCAGAGGAGCCUUUGAUUGUAGCCAUCCCAACAGCAGCACCCCAAGUCCCUGCUUUUGUACAUUCUGAACCAGUGGAUGUUCCUCUGGUUGAUGAACCGGUAUCCGUAAUUCCAACUGUUUCGCCAGCUGUUCCGAUUUUUAUCGCUUCUGUGUUGCCAUUGGAACCUGUCGAGUCGCCGGAAGCGGUUCUAGAGAAAGUGGAGAGUGAAGCUCCGGUUUAUUCGCCGCUAAAUUUGCCCGUGCUGGACCCUCUUCCCCCGGCUUCGUAUCCAUCCAGCAAUCCUGUCAGAUCCGAGUUGAGUUCCCAUUUCCCCAAUCGUCCGUUCGGAAUCCUGCCGAAAGCGAGGGAGCUCGGCUUCCCACCGGUCUCCAACACGCGUGAAAAUGUCCUUCGUGAAAUCAACUGGAACGCCAAAAUCGGUCGAGCUUAUCGUUCAAGCUGAUUUAAUUCUAUUCAAUCUUUCAUUUUUUUAAAUUUCGCUUCAAAUAUUUUUUCGUCAACGGCCAAUACAUCAUUUACAAGUUUUUCUUUU